AUGCUGGGGGGCCUCUUCAGCCAGGCAGGCUCUACCUUCAAUCGGGUUGUAAAGCCUCGAGGCUCAAUCGAGGCCGGGGAUGACAAGCCUCCCUCCGAUACAGAGCCCGAUGACACCUCUAUCCUCGACGAGAAUGAAGGAUCGAUUAUCACCUCCCUCAUUUCCCAACUCAGAGUGGGAAUGGACCUCUCGAAGGUCACCUUCCCAACUUUCGUGCUCGAGCCCCGGAGCAUGCUUGAGAGGAUCACCGAUUUUAUGUCUCACCCCGACCUCAUUUUUGGGGCCGAGAAGUUCGACAACCCAGAGGAGAGAUUCAUUAGAGUGCUGCAAUAUUACCUCGCUGGCUGGCAUAUCAAGCCCAAGGGCGUGAAGAAACCCUAUAACCCUGUGUUAGGCGAAUUCUUUCGAUGUCGAUACGACUAUCCAGACGGCUCUCAGGCCUUCUAUAUUGCCGAGCAAGUAUCUCACCACCCACCUAUAUCCGCCUUCUUCUACAUCUCGCCACAAAACCAUGUAAGCAUCGUCGGCGAACUCCGACCCAAAUCCAAGUUUCUGGGAAACAGCGUCUCGACAACAAUGGAGGGGGAGAAUCGUGUAACACUGCUUGGAAAACCCGAAGAUGGUGAGUACGUGAUCACGAUGCCGAACAUGUACGCACGGGGGAUCCUGUUUGGAAAGAUGGUGCUCGAGCUGGGGGAUACUUGCAUAGCCAAGAAUGAGAAACAUGGACUGUUCUGUGACCUGGAAUUCAAGACCAAGGGAUUUUUCUCUGGCACUUACAACGCGAUCGCGGGGCGGGUACGCCAGAGCUCGAAUGAUAUCGGUGAACUAUCUGGGAGGUGGAGUCAUGUCAUGGAGAUCAAGAGUACCAAGUCUGGCCAGAAACGAGUGUUAUUCGACGCCGUUAAGGAUGGCCAGAACGUAUCGCCAAAGUGGGUUCUCCCAGAACAACAACAAGAGCCGAACGAAUCGCGAAGACUUUGGGCUGCCUUGACGGAAGCAAUACAAAUGAAGGAUAUGGAGCGUGCGACGGUGGCCAAGACGUCAGUGGAGGAUGCGCAAAGGGAGCAACGAAGAAGGAGAGAGGAGAGUGGCGAGUUACACGUACCUAGAUUCUUUGAAAAAGUAGAUGGUCGAUGGCUACCAAAGCUAAAGGUAGCAAAGGAUCCACAGGAGGCCGUGGCGGCAGUUCAACAAUGGAUAUUCCCUUCAGUGGUUCCCCGCUCACCAAAACCUACUCCUUAA